CCUGACUCGGUGCUCACUGCUCAGUGCGCUCAGUGGGUGUUGCAUGCUCAAAGGAUUAAGACGCGACGCGCCCGUGCCCAGGAUAUAAUACAUGUUCUCGAUACACUACAUGUUCCGCGCCACCGAGUGUCAGUGAUUUCAGUGACUUACACCAGUGACCCUUGACAUCGCUCAUAGCUCCGCAGCCGCCAUCAUGAUUCUCUUCACAGUCAUUGCGCUGUACCUGGUGCACGUCACCGGAGCCGACCCAGCGGAGCCCGACGCCAGGUCUAUGGACAUCUCAGCGAUCAACAGUCUCGUCAGACGGCCGCAAAUCCAUCUUGAUCCGAACCUGAGGAAAGCUCUCCUACGAGUCCUCACCAGGUUAGACCAAGAAGAUAGAAUAGAGAAUAGCUCCGAUAACUAUCAGGUAGUCACGCAAGAGGACUUCAUGUCCUUCUUUAACAAAGAAAGGCAAGGAUCCCAAGAACAGCCGCAAGAACAAGGUCUCGCGAUGAAAGAGGUCUUGCCAACACCGCAAAAUCAAGAAAAUAAAUCGGGGAAGAGCCUCGUAGACGAGAAGAUUUUCAGCACCGACAACUCCUUGAAAAACAUUCACACGUUCGGGCUGAAGACGCACCAUUCUUCGAUCAACGAAAUUCCGUCCUCGGACAUCAAAACUGGAUUCUUUUUCAGAGUUCCGUUCCCAGGCAACGACACAACUGUACAGAGCAACGCCUCUGCAGAGACAUUCGCACCCGAGGAGUCGCAGAACAUCCACGAGGCAAAUUUCAAGAACAGCCUUUCGCACGCGUUGAGCAGCCACGAAGCUGCUUUCAAAGCAAGCCACGAGGCUUUCAAGAAAACUUACUCUCCAACUAACCACGAGACACCCUUCAGGAGCACGCUCAAGAACGCGGUGAAAAGCCCUGAAACAUUCAUGAGCAUGUUGAUGCACGCUCAGAACAACCAGGAUUCGAAUUUCAAGAACUCUCUAACAAAUUUCCAGAACAGUCACGAAGCUAACCCGAAGCCUACUUUUUUAAAUCCAGAAAAUGUUAACAAUCUACGGACCAGCCAAGAAAGCCAAGAUGCUUCCAAAAGCAGCAACGAAAACUCGCAGGGUAGCCAGGAAACGAAUUUCAAGAGCAACUUCGACAGUGUUCAAAGCCUAGAAAAUUUCAAGAACAGCUUCGAGGCCAAUCAAAGAAAUCAAGAGGCUCUCAAGAACAGUUUCGAUGCCGUUCAGAGCAACCAAGAUCCUUUCAAGAAUAGUUUCGAGUACACGCAAAACAGCCAACAAACUGCCAAGAACAGCCUAGAAGCCUUGCAUAACAACCAAGACGUUAACGUAAAGACUAAUAUCAACGUUGCGGACGCCCAAAGACAGGAACCCAGUGAAAUUAACGAAACUAGUCUACUAGGAGCAGAACAAAAUCUAUCAAGGAACAAUCAAGAGGAACGUGUUGCAUCACAAGAAAGUCUGCGACCAAUCACCACGCAGGAGACGAAAAAUUCCCGAGAGGUUGAGACCACGAUUCAAGUCAGCAAAGAGGAAGCUAGCAAUGUUGGUCAGGAAGUUUCAUCCGAGGAAGACGACAAACAAGCUAAAGAGAGCAGCAUUGAGGAAAACUCCAGUAAAAGUAACGGGACAGAUAACCCAGAGUUGAAACUGGAGGGUAAAGUCGAAUUUUCCGAGGCACCUCUAGUCGUAGCGUUCACGGUUCAGCAAGAUUCCCGAGGUCACCCCCACAAAGUCAUUCCCCUGAGCUACCGGGGUGGAGUCGCCCCCGUGCCCCAAGCCGAAGAACCCAAAGCAACGCCGGUAACUAAAAUUUCCGACCCGACUGAGAUCACCUUCUACAAAUCGUUGGCCCAGACAUCCUCGCUUUUCAAACAGAACCCAUCGCUCGCCUCCACCCAGCCUUUCGCAUCGAUAGACAGGCCUUUCUCCCCCAGCAAUGACCUAUCCAGAGCUAACGCACAGUUCCUCAAAUCCCAGUCGGAAAUCAUCCCCUCUCAGAACUUCAUCGCCACACAGCAAGCGCUGCAACCGAUCGGGAACCAGCCCCAGUUUACACCGGUGAUCAACCAGCCCCAGGUGAACUUCGCUCCCUCCCAACCGCAGCAGGUGACCUCCUUCGACUUCGUGCCGUCGGUCGCCAAGCAAGAAGGCUUCGUGCCGUUCCAACCGCAGAGGCAGAACUUCUUCGAGCCCAAGUUCCAACAGCAACAGAACUUCGAUCUGAACCGGAACAAUCAGAACUUCAUCGGGAACAACGACUUGGUCCGGAACAACCAGAACUUCAUCGGGAAUAACGACCUGGUCCCGCCGGCGCGCCACGCCGCACAGAACUACAUCGCGACGAACGACUUAGUUCCACCGCGCAACUUCGACGACAGACGGCGGUUCCCUACACGUCAGAACUUCGAGUUCCAGAGGAGCGUGGACGUUCCACAGUCGAACUUCUUCCAGAGACGCCCUCCGGUUCACCAGAACUUCUUCCCGCAGCAGGUCCAGCAGCAGCCUCUCGUCGAGCUGAACCGGGUGAACCGGAAGGAACCGAACCAGUUCGUCGGGAACUUCGGUUUCAACUCGCAGCAAAGAAAUAAUUACAACUCGCACUACCAAUUCCAGCCUGCCGCUCCUGUGCCACUCGACAACCAUCUGCGGCAUCUCUUCUAUCAGUCUGGGAUCGACCACUCGCAAAGGUUUGCCGGUGGAGCCGAGGACUUGAAUAUAGUGACCAAAGUGUUGGCCCUCAACCACGUGGGCCGCAACGAUAUUAGCGAACAGAGUUUCAGUGAAACUUCCCGAAAUCAAGUCAAAGUUAGGCCUCCCUCUAGAGUAAUUGAGCCACCUUUUGAGUAGAAAUUCAGCGCCGAGAGGCGAGUCGUUGACGAAAUGUAUUUAUGUGCCGUAUAAUUUGUAAUUUAGAGUACUAAUUAUUCACGUAGGAGGACUUUUCCACAACUCCUAAAUGAGCCGACGAUAGAAGUGCCAUGCUGACUUUUCUAGCACAAAAGGAUUGGUUUCUUUUGAUCCAUGCGAUCGAUUCUACAUUUAUGUAUCUUUAGAAAAAUAAUGUUGACCUUUCGUGGUUAGCUCAAUCUUCAUACUCGUUAGAUACACAUUUUUACGAAGCAGGCCGAGACAAUGGUAGGUACGGCAGGCAAUUAAAACAAGGAGGAACCCCGAAACAAGGCUAAAGUACAACAAUAAAAAACUGGACACCUUUCGACUCAAAACUGAGUCAUUUUCAGUCGGAAAAUACAAUAAAAAUUAAAAAAGAUCGAUGAAUAAACCUACAUCUUCAUGUUGAUGGCUGUGAUCCAAGGAAAGAAAACCAAACCAGGUUUUUUUAUGGAUCUCCGCCACUAAAAUGUAGGUCUCAGGUUAAUUCAUUGAUAUUUUUUAAUUUUUGUGUAUUUUCCAAAUAGAAAUAACUCAGUUUUGAGUCGAAACGCCUCGAGGUUUCAUUGUUGGAUUUUAGCCUGGUUUUCCGUUUUUUCCACUUACUUUACUCCUGUCAUACUCGUGAGAGGAGGAGAUUUUGUUCAGUACGGUUUUCCUCCUGUCAUAAUGAGUGUUAGUGCCACGGAGUUAAGUGUCGAAGGUCUAAUUUUUUAGAUGAGACAAAAAUGACAAUUUUCGUUUUAACUUUAAAUUUUGACGCCAAAAAUUCAAACAUAGAAAUCAUGCUUUGAAAAUGUGCGAUGAAGUCAUCCAUCGAAUUAGAGCAUAUCAAGGCUUCUUUGACCCUCAUUUGAAUUGAACAGAAAUUAUCAGUGCUUCGAGUGGAACGUUAUCAAUGCAUGAAUGGCUAAAAUGGAGAAAAUUACACAUGAACACACGCCAUGGAUGGCGUCAUCUGUCGUGUUUUCUCCUUUUUUUUUCACUUUUUUUCAAAAACAAUAUCUACGUUAAUUUUGGCCUUCGAAUCUUGACGUUUGAACAAAUCAUAUUAUUUUUUGCUAGUUUAUGAUCCAACUCUAUUGCAGGUGCAACUCACCUCUUUAUCUAUCGAAAAGGAUGGGAUAAAAUUAAGAAACUAAUAUUGUGAUACUCCUAUCUUUGCUCGUAUCUCACAGAAGUUCAGAGACAAACCAGAGGAAUGAUUUAUGAAAAAUGUCUUCCUCAGAGUUUCGGAAAAGAACUCUUUACAUUAUUGUUAUUGUUUUUUCUAAUUUAUGGACAUACAACAAUUAAGACUGGCAAUUACGAUUGAUUAAUUAUAGUUACGUAAGCAUUUUAAAUAAUAAGGAUACAUGAACUAAAUACCUAAGAUAAUGAAUUUUUUACUGUUAUUAAUUUCAUGACAAAAAAAAUAGAAACAUAUUAAACACCAACUGCUGGUGCUCUCACUUUGUAUAGACAAUAAUUUGCUCAUUACAUCAAAUACGCUUAAUAAGCGUUUGCGAAAACUUGUUUUCUGUAUGUAGAAUGCAAGUAUAGGGAAAUUAUUCGUAUGAAUACCCCAGGAUCCAUUUUUGAUCAACUCUGUCAUCCAUGGCUUCAUGGAGCUGUUAGGAAUAAGGAUAAAAGAAAAAACAUUAGCCAACGUUGCAGAGGUAUGAUUUAAGAUUGUGUUAUCAUGAGAUUUAAUUGAAUCAGACAAGCAGGCUAAUUGCAUAAGUUAUGAUACCAGUUUGCUGCAACAUAUCCGAAAACAUAUUUUGAGCGCAAACCCCAACUAGCUUAAGGUUUUUAUGUUUCCAACCUCACACUGGAAAAAA